AUGGCUACCACUACUGACCAGAAGCGUGAGGCGCCCGAGUUUGCGCAUGUCAAUAGCAUUCUCGAGGAUGAGAAGCCUUCGCAGGUGGAGGAGCGAGAUUGGACGGGUACUGUCAAGAAGACAGACCCUGAAGAGAUCCGCCUUGUCAAGAAGCUUGAUCUCUGGAUCAUGCCUUGUCUUUGUGUCAUGUACUUCCUCAACUACGUCGAUCGAAAUGCCAUCGCUCAAGCACGACUGAAUAACUUGGAGGAGGAUCUCAACAUGACUGGCACCGAAUUCAACACGACUGUUUCGAUUUUGUUUGUUGGUUAUGUUCUCAUGCAGGUUCCCAGCAACAUGUUGAUCACCAAGGUGAAGCCUGGUAUGUACAUGAGUGCUUGGAUGCUGGUUUGGGCUGCUGUCUCUGCUUGCACGGCUCUUGUCAAGAACUAUGGUGGCUUGGUUGCCUGCCGAUUCUUCCUGGGUAUCACCGAGGCUCCUUUCUACCCUGGUGCCACUUACAUGCUCUCCAUCUUCUACACCCGCAAAGAGGUCGCUGCUCGUAUUGCAGUGCUUUACUGCGCACAGAUUCUGGCCACUGGCUUCUCGGGUCUCAUUGCCGCUGGUAUCUUUGCAGGCUUGGAUGGAAAGGCCGGUCUUGCAGGAUGGCGAUGGCGAGGUGCUGCCACUGCUCUUGUCGCCAUCGUCGGAUUCUUCAUGCUUCCCAACACUCCCCUCACCACCCGCUGGCUCAACGAACGCGAGAAGCAGCUUGCUCACGAGCGCAUGGAGAAGGACAAGGCCUAUGACUCUGCGGAGGGCGGUUCAUCCUGGGAGGGCUUGAAGCAGGCUUGCGCUGAUAAGCGAACAUGGCUUUUCUGCCUCAUGCAGAACUUCCAUCUGUCUGCAUGCUCCUUCAACUCCUUCUUUCCCACUGUCAUCAAGACUCUCGGCUUCAACACUACUAUUACCCUCGUCAUGACCUGCCCUCCCUUCAUCUUCGCUGGUACGGCUGGUAUCCUCUUCGGUUGGAACUCUGGACGCAUGCAUGAGCGUACCUGGCACAUCACCGCUGGACUAUCCAUUGCCGUUGCUGGUUUCGUUCUUGCUGCCUGCACUCUCAACACCGCUGCUCGCUAUGUCGCUUGCUUCAUCUUCCCCAUGGGUGCCUAUGCUGUCAACUCUGUCAUCAUCGGGUGGGCAUCCUCUACUCUAUCACAGACCAAGGAGAAGAAGGCUGUUGUGUUGGCAAUGACCAACGUCGGCGGACAGAUCGGUUACAUCUAUGGUGCUUACCUCUGGCCCAAGAGUGACUCUCCUCGAUAUGGAAUUGGUUUCGGUGCCUCUGCUGGCUUUGCUCUGUGCUCAAUUGCCUGUGCUUGGGCCAUUCGCGUCCUCUUGAUCCGCGAGAACCGCCGCAUCCGCGCAUCCACCUCUGAGCAGGUCAACCUUUAUGGAUACUAA